CUUGCAGUCACCCAGAUUGCUUAAUCUCAAGGAGCUGAUCUUUGCCACUGUAAAAGACGUUUUGUAGAGUACAGCUUCGAGAAGAUAUCCUGAGUGAUUUGAUACAAAUAUGGACUGGCAGAAAUGGCGAUACAUCUUUGCAGGUCUCAUCCUCUUACAUGUUGAGGUUUGCUGGUCCCAAUAUUCUGUCAUCACCUUACAACCAUCAGUGCCGACUGUUGGAGGAACAGUUUCAUUACUUGUUAAUUACAAUGAUAUCAUCUACAAUGUUAACUGGUAUAGAGGGGAUGGAACAAAUCCACGGAUAAAUAUUGCAUCAUAUAGUCCAAAUUCCUCCUAUCCAGCUGUGUAUGGUCCAAUGUACACUGGAAGAGAGAAAUUAUUGGAAAGUGGAACACUACAAAUAUCAAACCUCAUGGCAAAUUACAGUGGAAUCUACACUCUUGAACUUACAGAUGCAAGAGGUGUUCGGACUUGGAAUAUUGAGCUCAAUGUACAACCUCCCUCUGGAAAUGGAAAUAUUUCAUCAACCAGCCCACCAGAAAUGAAUAAGGGUGUUGUGGCUGGCAUUGCGGUGGGAGUAAUAGCUGCAUCUGGAUUGGUCAUCACCGGUGUGGUCAUUUGGAUGAAAAGAUGUUGUGGAUCCUCUACGGAACCAAUUUAUGAAAAGGAAAACCCCAAAACUGCAAAACCAACAAUGAAUAAUGACACUGCUUGGAAACAUGAUCAGCCCGCACAACGAUUACCUUCUCUUCCACCGCGCAACUUCCUUAAUAAUCAUGUGGUCAGUUUAAAUAAUCUGAGGUUCUGUAAAACUGCUGUAAACUUACUCAUCAAUGUAGAUAAAUCGUCAAGGUCAUCAAUAAAAAUAUUAUCUUAA